GUGGAGUUGCCACCUCGGUUUAGAAAAGUGAGCCGGUUUGUUUUGAUGCGAAAUAAGAAAUGUCCAUGGAAAUCCUGAAACAAGGCGCCGAAGGACGUCUAUAUCUGGGAGAUUUCAAAGGGGAAGCCUGCCUGAUUAAGGAGCGGUUCGUAAAGAAGUACCGCCACCCGGAACUGGACACCCAGAUCACGCGGCAGCGCAUGAAAGCGGAGGCCAAGGCGUCGGGAAGAUGUCUAGCGGCCGGAAUCCUGGCACCAAGGAUCCUCCACACGGACCUCAACACCCACAAGCUGUAUAUGGAGUACUUUGAUGCGGCCAAGACGGCCAAGCAGUUCAUCCAGGAGACAGUGUCCACUCAGACAGAGGCUGUAGCCAUGAAAUCUCUGCUGGAGUUCUGCACGCGGAUUGGCAAAAUCAUUGGGAAAAUGCACUCCAAUCACAUAAUUCACGGCGAUCUGACCACUUCAAACAUCCUAAUCAAUCCCAAGGGGGGCGACUACGAUGUCAUCCUCAUAGAUUUCGGCUUGAGCCACUACAAUGAGGCCACCGAGGACAAGGGUGUGGAUCUGUACGUCCUGGAACGGGCGCUACUCAGCACCCACAGCGAACAGCCGUAUCUAUUCGAGCACAUCCUGGCCGCCUAUGGCGAUGCAUACAGCAAGGACACGCAGGCAGUGCUCUCCAAGUUCGAGGAGGUGAGGGCACGCGGACGCAAACGCACCAUGAUUGGUUAAUAGAUAAUAAUAAACUUUAUUGGGAUCAACUA